AUGACUCAUAUUAGAAACCUGAAAAACCAAAUUAUGACAACGAACGUCUGGGUGGAACAAGAAUGGAAAGACUACAAGUUGGUGUGGGAGCCUGAGGACUACGGUGGAGUCGAAAUCCUUCAUGUGCCCUCUGAACACAUUUGGCUGCCAGAUAUCGUCCUCUAUAACAAUGCCGACGGAAACUACGAGGUGACUAUCAUGACGAAGGCUGUGUUACACUACGACGGCAGAGUCACCUGGAAGCCCCCAGCCAUAUACAAAUCCUCCUGUGAGAUCGACGUCGAGUUCUUUCCUUUCGACCAGCAGACGUGUUUCAUGAAGUUUGGCUCCUGGACUUACGAUGGCUACAUGGUGGACCUGCAGCACCUGCACCAGCAGCGCGGCAGUAACCUGGUGGACCCGGGUAUUGACCUAAACGACUACUACAUCUCCGUUGAGUGGGACAUCCUCAAAGUACCCGCCCUCAGGAAUGAGCGCUUCUACCCGUGCUGCCAGGAGCCCUACCCGGACAUCUACUUCAACAUCACCAUGCGGCGGAAAACGCUCUUCUACACCGUUAACCUCAUCAUCCCCUGCGUGGGCAUCUCCUUCCUCUCAGUGUUGGUCUUCUACCUUCCAUCAGACUCCGGCGAGAAGGUGUCCCUCUGUAUCUCCAUCCUGCUCUCCCUCACUGUGUUCUUCCUCUUGUUAGCGGAGAUUAUUCCGCCUACGUCCUUAGCGGUGCCGCUGUUGGGGAAGUAUUUAUUAUUCACUAUGAUUCUGGUGACACUGUCCGUCAUGGUGACUAUAGGAGUCCUCAAUGUCAAUUUUCGGUCCCCGUCAACGCACAAAAUGGCCCCCUGGGUGAGAAAGGUCUUCAUUGAGAUGUUACCUAAGUUUUUAUGGGUGGAAAGGCCGAAGAAAGACGAAGAAGGUCCGGAUGAAGUUACAGCCGGAGGGGACACUUCCUUCACGCCUUCGAGCGACGGGUUCGACAAGUUUCCCUUCGAGGAUCAUCCGUAUGACAUCCCAGCGAUACCUCCUUCCCCGUAUGACCGUGAUAGAUACGGGGACGACCACCUAGCCCUGCCCGCCCCCGAGUGUCACUCCCAAUCCCACGCCCACGAGGUCGCCUUCGUCCCUGAACUGGAGGAGCCCCGCCCAUACCACGAUCACCGCACCCUCAGGAGCAUCGAGUAUAUUGCCCAACACAUGCGCAAUGUCGACUCCUUUGGGGAGAUCGAGGAUGAUUGGCGGUACGUGGCGAUGGUGCUAGACCGUCUCUUCCUGUGGAUCUUUAUGGUGGCUUGUGUCCUCGGAACCUGUGGGAUCAUCUUCAGGGCGCCGUCCCUAUACGACACAACUCUCCCCAUUGACAUUCAGCUGUCCAAGGUCGCGCAACGCCGCCGUCUAGAUCUUAUGGGACCCGAAGAAUAAUGGCACCUAGUUCUAGACGACAUAAAGGUGUUUCUUAUGAAGUGUGUGGCACGUGUACAGACGCUGAGGGUAAUGUGAUAAUGGAUAUUGAUGAUCAUAUGAGGUCACGCUUUGUUGAUGACUGGAAAAUCGGACAGGGAAUAUGCAGCGCUGGAACACGAAUGAGGGUAGGGGGUAGGAUGGACUGUUGUAGCAGGUGCCGUGAGUCAAUAAGUACAACAUACUCCUGAACACUGUUCCCGCCAGUUUCAUAUAAUGGAAUGACGAACUGGAGCUCAGUGACUGUUUUUAAACUGGUGAAGUCUUUGUUAGUAAGUGAUGACCUAAAAUCCUCAUGUGAAUGAUAUUAUUCACUAUCAGCCAUGAAACAAGACUGGUGUCUCUCUGUGUAAGGUCAUUUUAUAUAAGUGAGUGAAGGAACAAACGUGAUGAGUGUGAUGUCAGAGAGAGAGAACUGUACAACAAACUCACACCGGAAGACGCAGUCACCAGGACACUGUUGUCUGGCACUGCGCAGUGUAUAUGUGUUGUUUAUAAUCAAAAAUGCUCAAAAUUAUUGAAAGAACAGUUUUA